AGGACCAGAGAGAGCCAAGUAUCAGAACCAGCACCAGGACCAGCAGAAGAAACCGGACCAGCACCCAGCAUGCAGUGUGUACGUUGUCCCGCCAUUUUGGUUCUCAUGGCACUGGUUCUGUGCAGUACUGGAGUUUCCUCUCAGCCAGACAGAGACCAGUUCCAGGACCCGGACCUGGAGCUGGAGCUGCACAAUCAUCGGCUGCUGCAACGACCUCGCACUGCAGGGUUCCUGUCACAGGAAUGGAGUAAACGUGCAGUGGAAGACCUGCUCGCUCAGAUGUCUCUGCCUGAGGGCGAGCUUCAGCGGGAAGCUGAGGCAACAGGAGGGAGGAUGAACCUGGAGCGGUCUGUUGACCCCCCAAACAACCUGCCCCCCCGCGAACGCAAAGCUGGCUGCAAGAACUUCUAUUGGAAGGGCCUCACUUCCUGUUAAAGCCCCGCCCAGAUGAUGCCAGGACUUUCUUCAACCAAUGGACCAACUCACUAUCACCUGGCCUUCACCUGAGAAAUUGGACGAACCAGUCAGCAGCUGGUUGGCUGCAGAAUACCUGAAUAAUUAAUGUAAUUAUCAAAUAAAGAGAGAAAUCAGUGA